GAAAUUACCAAAGGCCGUAAAAGUGUCCUUCUCUUGAACAUCGAUCGGGGACGCUUUUAUUAAGCGUAAUCGAGUAUCCUCUGGAUCUUUAUUUUUUUGUCGUUUGCUAUUCAGUUCAAGAAGAUUUGAUUCAACGUUAGAACUUCUUUUCAAGGUUUUACCAGGCGACUGUUUCAAUUCGGGUACUUGUAUUGGACAUUGAAGAUUGUAAUCCAAGGUAACUUCGCCUGGUUCCAACGGAGUUAAAGUGCUGUUCUCGCUGUCGUAAUAAAAAACAUUUUGAAUUUCCUAUAGGGCAGAGAAAAAAAAAAGAUACGUAAGAAUGAAUGACAGAAUAUCGCAAUUAAGUAGUAAAUAAUCUAUCGAAUAGUAUCGUAAUUGUACCGGUAUACUUAAGUCCAAAUCCCGUUGAGUUUGUUGAUGAGCUUCCUGUUGCGAUUGUUGAUGUUGAUGAAGCUGCUGCUGCUGCUGCUGUUGUUGUUGUUGUUGUUGUUGUUGUUGAUGAUGAUGAUGAUGAUGAUUUUGUUGAACUUGCUGCUGUUGAACACAGUCCGUGGUAAUCGGAUUAAGUGGUAUCACUGAUUUUUUAGCAACAUCAUCCUUAAGGAACAUAAGUAAAUCCAAUGCGAACCAUUGAGGCUUUCUGACUAGAAACGUAUUGUUAGGGCCUGCAUUUAACUUGGCAUAAUUCCAUCUACGAUAUUCUUUCCUAAAUGAACUACGAAGCAUGUAUAAUUUCUUCUCAACGUCCGCUAAUGAACAAUUAAAAUGAUUCGCCAUUUCCGUGAGAGCCUCGCGACGGAAACGUCGAUUUUUAUAAAACUCGUGGCUUGUGUCCCAGAGGCAUUUUCUUUCUUUGUACAUUUGUAUCAAGGUCGUUGUAUUGUUUUGAUCCCAUUCUGGUACUCCUUCUUGUGCGGUCAGACCAGAGCAUGGAACUGAACUCAUUAUUGACAUAGUUAGCUAGCUAGUUUGUAUAGAUAUAUUUCGUGUUUUAUUUUUGAUAACACUUCGUCGAAUGAAAUAGAAAAUAUUGAUACUUCUUGUUUUGAGUUUUCUCACUCGGAGGAAUAAAAGGUAUUUGUGUUAACGUAGAGCACGAAAUACAACUCCAAACAAUAUCGGAGUAUAUCCAUGGAAACCGAACUGAAUUGGCUUUGAACUGAAUAUUGUCUUUUAAACAGUUAUAUACAUAAAUCGAAAGACAAUGGAAAACAUACGUAUGUCAAUUUUUAAUUUCAUACAAUAUUAUAUUAUACACAGAGGAUAUUGAUAUAGACUAUAUAUUUGAGAUCAAAAGUAAGAUUAAAUUAAAAAUAUAAAUCAUUUUAUUUUCAAAUUAAAUAAUUUUUCACUUUCAAUCGAGAUCAAAAGGAUUCGACGAUACAGUUCAGUUUCGAUUUUACGCGUUUUAUUUGUUUUUAUCACUUUUUGCCAUUUCUUUUGUUUCAAUCUGUAUCGUGGCAAUUAAGUUAUCGUUAUUAUCAACACACGUUUCUACAUAAAAUGAUCGUUAAUAUUUCUAUUCAGAUCUUAUUACGAAAAUCUUUUAAAAUAUCCAAUGGGAUAGUGAGUAUUGCUCGAGAUGAAGUUAAAAAAUAUUUUGGAAAUCAGUAUCGUCAUAUUCAUAUGUGGAUCCCAAAUGCCGAAUAUAUUACAAAAAUACAAUAUCCGCGAGCUUUGCCGGUUGAUGCUGUAAAAUGGAAAUUUCCGUGGGAAGCAUAUGAUGAUGAUGAUGAUGAAAAAGGAGAGACAGUGCAAAAUAUGCAAGUUAAUUUUGGUCCUCAACAUCCUUCAGCUCAUGGAGUUUUACGUUUGAUAUUGGAAUUGGAGGGUGAAUUAGUUAAAAAAGCUGAUCCACAUAUUGGACUUUUGCAUCGUGGUACAGAGAAACUAAUAGAAAAUAAAACUUAUAUACAAGCUUUACCAUAUUUUGAUCGUUUGGAUUACAUUUCGAUAAUGUGCAAUGAAGAAUGUUACAGUUUAGCUAUCGAAAAGUUGUUAAAUAUAGACGUACCUUUACGUGCCAAAUACAUACGGGUGCUUUUUGGAGAAAUAACCCGAAUAUUUAGUCAUAUUAUGUCAAUAUCAACACAGGCACUGGACAUAGGUGCAAUAACUCCUUUUUUUUGGUUUUUUGAAGAACGUGAAAAAAUAAUGGAAUUUUUUGAAAGAGUGAGCGGUGCACGUAUGUUUGCAGCUUAUGUGCGCCCUGGUGGUGUAGCUUUUGAUUUACCCUUGGGUUUAUUAGAUGAUAUUUAUCAAUGGGCUAGUAUGUAUUCUGAAAGACUUGAUGAAAUAGAAGAUUUAUUGACUGAAAAUCGAAUUUUUAUUCAACGCUUGAAGGAUAUUGGUACAAUAUCAGCUAAAGAUGCAUUAAAUUUUGGAUGCAGUGGAGUAAUGUUACGGGGAUCUGGUAUUGAAUGGGAUUUGAGAAAAAUUGCACCAUAUGAUGCAUAUGACUUAGUUGACUUUGAUGUACCUGUGGGUAUAAAUGGAGAUUGCUAUGAUAGAUAUCUCAUACGCAUUACGGAAAUGCGUCAGUCACUUAGAAUAAUUUAUCAAUGCCUAAAUCAAAUUCCAUGUGGUGAAGUGAAAUGUGAUGAUGUCAAAAUUGUACCGCCAAGCAAGAAAGAAAUGAAAACCAGUAUGGAAGCACUUAUCCAUCACUUCAAAUUAUUUUCACAAGGUUUUCAAGUACCACCGGGUGCUACAUAUACAUCCAUUGAAGCACCAAAGGGUGAAUUUGGAGUUUAUCUUGUUAGUGAUGGUAGCUCUAAACCAUAUCGAUGUAGACUUAGAAGUCCUGGUUUUGCUCAUCUAGCAACAUUGAAAUUCAUUGGACCUGGUUAUUUGUUGGCAGAUAUUGUUGCUAUUCUUGGUACAUUAGAUAUAGUAUUUGGUGAUGUAGAUAGAUGAUCUUGUUAACAGGAUGAUAAUAAGUUCGGUUAUGUUCGGUUUUCGUCAUUUUCGUCUAGUUAACGUAACCUAACUUUGGUAUUUGCUUGAAGAAUUUGAAGAUUUGAGUGCAGUUGUCCGUAGACAGCUGUGUUAGAUUGGUUUUAGAUCAUGGCGACCGGAGUGUUAAGGACAGUCCUACGAAAAUCUGUAGGAUUGUAUAA